AUGACCAUAGAGGAUCUCCCAGAACCUUCCUUAGAAGGAGAUUGCCUCAUUGAAAGAGAAAGGUUCUUAUUCCCAAACUCUGAAACAUCUGUUACUUUCUCUGUUGCUGCAGCACCAAUGCCUUCAGACUGUGAGUUUUCCUUCUUCGACCCUAAUGAUGCAGCAUGCCAAGAAAUACUUUUUGACCCCAAAACAUCAGUUUCUGAAUUGUUUGCUAUUUUAAGGCAAUGGGUUCCACAGGUCCAGCAGAACAUUGAUAUUAUUGGGAAUGAGAUCAUUAAAAGGGGUUGUAAUGUGAAUGACAGAGAUGGGCUGACUGAUAUGACUCUCCUGCAUUACACUUGCAAAUCAGGGGCUCAUGGUAUUGGUGAUGUUGAAACUGCUGUAAAAUUUGCGACUCAGCUCCUGGAUUUGGGUGCUGACAGCAGCUUACGCAGCCGCUGGACAAACAUGAAUGCCUUGCAUUAUGCUGCCUACUUUGAUGUUCCAGAACUUAUUAGUCUAAUUUUGAAAAAUGCUAAGCCAAAAGAUGUUGAUGCCACCUGUAGUGAUUUUGAUUUUGGAACAGCUUUGCACAUUGCUGCGUUUAACCUCUGUACAGGAGCUGUCAAGUGUUUACUGGAGCAUGGAGCAAAUCCUGCCUUUAGGAACGACAAAGGGCAGAUUCCAGCAGAUGUGGUUCCUGACCCAGUAGAUAUGCCACUGGAAAUGGCAGAUGCAGCGGCCAGCGCAAAGGAAAUCAAGCAGAUAUUGCUGGAUGCAGUGCCUCUCUCAUGUGACAUCUCAAAAGCCAUGAUUCCAAACUAUGACCAUGUCACGGGCAAGGCCAUGCUAUUAUCACUUGGCCUGAAGCUGGGGGAUCGUGUUGUUAUUGCAGGACAGAAGGUUGGUACAUUAAGAUUUUGUGGCACAACGGAAUUUGCCAGUGGCCAGUGGGCUGGCGUAGAGCUGGAUGAACCAGAAGGAAAGAACAAUGGAAGUGUUGGAAAAGUCCAGUACUUCAAGUGUGCCCCGAAACGUGGUAUCUUUGCACCUCUUUCUAAAAUAACCAAGGCUUCUGAUCACAAAAAAAGUUCUGUACGAAGUUCUUCCACGCGGUCUUCACCUUUGGUCAAGUCCAAGAAAAUAGAUGUGACACACAUAACUUCCAAAGUGAAUUCUGGCCUGAACAUGGCAAAAAAAGACAGUGCUUCCGAAACCAACUUUGUGACUGCUAACAGGGGAAAAACUCUACCUGCAAAAGAUGGUUUUCCUGGGUACAGCAGCUCUUCUUCUUCUACUACCUCCUUGGAAGGCAAACAGAAAUACGCCAAGAAGCGGAACUCAGCUGGCAAUAAGAAGGCAGUGACUCGAGUGUCUCCUGCCUCAGCUAAGAUUGGUGCUGGGUUCUAUAGUUCUCCGGCUACGAGGAAAAGUCCUUUUGACGAACGAGAAAUCCAGGUUGGAGACAGAGUAUUGGUGGUAGGACAGAGAACAGGCACUGUUAGAUUUUGUGGGACUACAAAAUUUGCACCAGGGUUCUGGUGUGGCGUUGAGCUGGACAAGCCCCACGGGAAGAACGACGGCUCCGUGGGGGGGGUGCAGUACUUCAGUUGUCUUCCCCGCUACGGAGUCUUCGCACCACCCUCUCGGGUGCAGAGACUAACCGGGUCUCUGGAUUCUCUCGCAGACACUUCGUCAAGUAAAAUAAAUCACACUUUUCCAGGUUUUAGACGGAGUCUAAGCACCACUUCGGCAUCUUCACAAAAGGAGAUAAACAGAAGAAACUCCUUUGUUAGAUCUAAGAGUUCUGUGUUACGGCGCAGCUGGAGUAACACCAGCACAGGUAACGCGGAGGGACCAGUGAAGCUGCACGAGGGCUCUCAGGUUCUGCUGACCAGCUCCAAUGAGAUGGGGACCAUCAGGUACAUCGGCCCCACAGAGUUUGCCCCGGGGGUGUGGCUGGGCCUGGAGCUGAGGAGCGCCAAGGGCAGGAACGACGGCUCGGUGGGGGAGAGGCGCUACUUCAGCUGCAGGCCCCGGCACGGCGUCCUGGUGCGGCCCAGCAGGGUCACCUACCGCGGCAUCAGCGGGGCAAGGCUCGUCGAGGACAUCUGCUGA